AUGGCUGCUGCAUCGCCAACAUUUCCCACCUCAAGGGAAACCACCAAUUAUGCCAGAUUAUGUGUCCUUUUGGUUGAUGUCGGUUCUCAGGUCCUGAAGGAGACAUUCGAUAGAAUACGUCCGCGUGGACGUCUUGACACUGUUUUGGGAACACCACCGACAUCUGACACGCUGAAAUCACUCCUAAAGAGGAAAGUUGUGAAUCCUUCACAAUGGAGAAUUUUGUAUCCUGCCAUCAAAUCUUCUGUCUCGUCUGAGAAAUUUGACAUCACUCUGCUGAUGGUGCUGCUCAGGAAUAUUUGUGGCCUGAUUCCGCCGGCCGCUGGUUGGGAUGCCCUUCCUUCGCCCACAGACGUGAAUUGUGAAGAUGACUUGGCUCGCAUCAAAUACUACAGAAACACAGUGUACGGUCAUGCUGCCCAAGCGUCAGUUGACGAUGCAAAUUUUAAUAACUAUUGGAUGAAAAUCCGCGACACGCUGGUAAGACUGGGAGGAGUGAAAUAUGAAGCAGCUAUUGAUGGUGUUAAGAAUGACUGCAUGGACCCUGAAAUGGAAGAAUACUACAUAGAGAUGCUGAAGCAGUGGAAGGUGGACGAGGAUGUCAUCGGGGACAAGCUAAAUAACGUUGAGGCAAAAGUCGAUAACGUUCAAGCGUCAGUGGAUAGAAUUGAGACACAAUUGCUGCAAAAGUCCGCUAAGUAAAAUUAUAAAAUGAAUAAACAUUGAUUGGAUGGAAUUGAAUUGAUUUAUUUCAAUUUCGGUCAAAACAUGUCACAGAUUAGAACAAAUAAUAUACAGAUUUAGCCAGGGCUAAAAGCGAGGCUCCCAUUAAUAAAUUUAUAAUUUAAAUCAAACAACAAACUUGUAUUCCACAAUUCAGUUAACUUUAGAGCACAUUUCUGUGACUUUUGAGGGAAAGGGUGAGUGAUUUUAAAGAAAAAUAAUUUGCAAACAGCCCAAGAGUGAACCAAAUAUUACAUCGAGUUGAUAGCCUCAUAUGUACACCAAAAACUGUUAAUCAUCUUCGAUCACAUUUAAGUACCAUAAUGGCUCUUGAUCACCGUAGACUAAUUAGGCCUGGAAAAAAGAUCAGGCCGAAUUUUUUGCGUUCGCCAAGUUUACUUUGCAAAAUCUUGCCAACAAAUCUGGGUGCGUGUAAGCCAACCUUUUAUACCAUUUAUACAUCACAUCUGAGGUGAAACAGUACUAUGAGGAACUGUUUUUAUCAUACAGACCUCAGACAGAAAGCAGUAUUUCACAAUUUUGCAAAACAAAUUGCACUCAUUCAAUAUUCAGGACGAUGGAAGUACGCUUGGGCUUUUAGCUAAACCGUUAAAAAAAUUUCCAAAAUCACCUACACGGCCAUCCGGUUCUCACUUUUGUAGUGCGAACUGUGGCGAGUGUUUUGAAUGAACAUUAACAGAGUUACGCUACAACAUAAUAAAGAAUUUAUUAUGUUUAUUUUUUAUUUAAUGGUUUAACGCGCGGCAUUUUGAGUACUCCUGCAAGCGAUGUUCAAUGAACGACUGAAAACAAUCGGCACAGCGAUUAAAAUAGUGAGCUUAAGAUCCGACGACGGCGAGAUUCUACGAGUUGUUGCGAGUUGCGAGUUGCGGGUUGUUGUAGCGCCUUUUCCUGUUGAAGUUUAGAAAUAAAUACAAGAGUGAUGACUACUUUUAGAAAGGUUCGUGAAUUGUUACUGACAAGUUUCGAUGAUGGCGACAUUUCAGAAGAUGAAUUUUUACUGUUGUAUGAUGUCAACAGAUCUAAAAAUCCGGAUUUUCCCUACCAGAAUUACGAACAUUUUGACCUCGAGAGGCUUGACGAAAAGAUGAGUGACAUAAUCCAUUGGACCUCAAUUUAAUGCCAAAACAAGUCUACGAUAUCAUAAUUGUUAAUAAACACAUCAAUAAACACAAGAAAAAACUUGUAAAACUUACUGGGUUGCUUUCUUUGUCGAGUUGACCGAGUCCAUGGCGAUUAACGAGUCAAACUGUUUAGAGAGGGCAAACAAAUUUAAUUUAAAUACCGUGUUCAAAUCGUUUAAGUCGCUUAGAAAUUCGACAAAAAUGGUCUACUGAGAAUAAACUGUUAACAGUGCUAAAGAAUUUCGCUCAAAAUGUGUUUAAAUGGCAUUAUUUUGAUCAAGUUUACUCACGUUUUACACGCGACGGCAAAAUGGCUUUCUUCACGUCACAGACAAGGCCGCUACGGCGGGAAACUUCGCAACGAUGGCAGCCGGAAGUCUUUGUAGCACUGAUUUCACUUCCGCUCGCCGUCACAGACGUCUGCCGUCGUCGGAUCUUAAGCAGGCUAAUUACAAGUCAGGGAGACUACUAACAAUCGAUGAAAGAAAUAUAAUUCGGUGAAACAUAUACAGAGGUAACAAUUUUCAUUCAGGAAGACAAGUAUUAAAGUGUCUCUAAAAAUCCUGAGUCUUCAAGCUUAAAGCUUAAGUUUAUCAGUCCGGAAUAUCCCUAAAUUUAAGGACAGGGCCAACUGGUCAUGCGACACUUUUCAACCAAUGAGAAGGCGCGCUUGUGUUUAUCAACAAACAAAUCAAAACAUGAUCAAACAUCGCUGCUGUGAUGAAAUAUUUUCAAAACAGCGGACGGAGUCGGACAAAAUCAGUCAUCUUUUCGAGGCUCUCAGGCAUAUUUUUAAGACUUUUCAUGAGGCAUACACAAUUUUUUUAAGUGGACAGCGUAUCGGAAGCCAUAUUGGAAGUGUCUCGUGAAAUAUUCAGCACCUUUUGUGGCUUAUUUCUUCUUUUAAACAACGCGAUGUAUGGGCGAGAUUUUGGUCGGUUUUCAAGGUAGGUGAACAAGUAUCUAUCAUUUUUUCGAUUCACAUAUUUUUUUUUACGAAGUUCUAGAUAUUUGUCCUUGAUUGUCAUAUCGAUUAACUUUUAUCAUGUUGAAUGAGGGAUGGUAGACAACCUAGAAUUUUGGUAGACCGGUUUUGAAUUCCGAGGUCCAAAUCACGUACGUUUUCCAUUCCCGGGUUUCUCACAGAGCCGUGUUAUUACUUUUUUUCGCAUUAGUACGAGCCUUUGCCUUUUUUCUUUUCAGGGCCAAAACAACUUUAUUAGUCUUAUGGAUAUUCACGUCCAACAUCUCGCCUCACUUUGCCGAAAUUGAAGAUCAUAAGCGCAAGGUAGAUACUAACGGCUUUGUUUCUGAAAUUCACCAAAUCUGGAAAGAUUUAAUGUUGCUGGAUUCUCCAAAUGUUCAUCCACCGUUAAAAAACAAUCAAAGAAAGAAGGCAAAUUUCAAGUGUAAAUGAUGUAUUUCGCUAGUCAUUGAACAUGCACUGAAUCUGGGAUCAAAUUAAAACAUUGCAGGUACUACAGCAAGCAAGGAAAGCACCAGAUGCGUGUAGUCAACACGAAGCAACACCAAAAACAAACAAGAAAAAUUAAUAAAUUUGAACUACUUUUUACUCUUGUUAUGACGACUGGUUCUUUGAUUCUUGUCCUGUAGAAGCUAAUAGGUAGUACCGAUCCUGUUUUGUAUGAUCUCAACAAAUUUUCACACUCUCUAUAAGGCUAUUUUUACACGGGACCAUUUUGUUUCUAUCAAAAAUCUUGCAAGCCAUGCCAGUGAAGCCACGACCACUGCGAUCGGUCCGGAAACAGUUCGAACACCCCAAUGAUUCCUUGCAAUGAAUAAUGCUCUGAUUCUCUUACAUGAAAUGUUUUCUUUGAAAUAUUAAAUGUGAAACCUAGACGAGUACGGUAAGGUACGGUACGGUAAUUCUGUCCGUCGACUGCGUCCGUUGUUUUGACAAUUUUUGAGCACUGGGGUGAUGUUUUGAUUUGUUUGUUGAUAAACACAAGCGCGCCUUCUCAUUGGUUGAAAAGUGUCGCGUGACCAGCUGGCCCUGUCCUUAAAUUUAGGGAUAUUCUGGACUGUUUAUAUUGAAACCAGCUUCCCGGUGUUCGCUUUUUUCAAAGACGAACUCGAGGCAAGAAAAUCGCUUAAAGCUUUCUUUACAGCCAGAAUUAUAACUAUAUAUAUUCUUUGGAACGUCUUCUUUCUAUUUGCCGUGAGAAAAUGUCUAAAGGCUAAUUUUAAAGUUCUGUAAGCUUCUAUCAAACCUGACACUCGGUCAGAUCAUUGUCUCAAAUGUUACAAACGUGCAUAAACUAAAUACCCGCAUAAAGUACGCUCGACUUCAUUAAAUUAGAUACAAAAAACAAACAUCAAAUGCAAUAAUUGCUGAGGCUUACCAGUCGAGAUCUAGCUCCUUGAAGGUAUCAAGUAAGGCCAGUAUCGCUUCAGACAUUUCAACCCUCUUACGCAUCAAGCAAGGUGAAAACGAAAACGAUGCCAUCCGACUUUGACAAGCGACGUAUUUCUCAACCAAAAACCCAAUAAACAAACUAGAGAUGAAUAACAGGAGACUCCUGAUAGCAGCUGAAUUUCAUUUUGUACAUCCAGUGGAAAAAGACAGUUAAAAACAUCACAAGUUGUGAAGUUGACACAACACUCUGUCAGCCUGUCAGCUUCAGCUGUCAAAGUAAACAAGCUUCAAGAUGCUGCAUAAAUUUCCACAUGAACGCACCUGUCAAAUUUUGACCAAUCAGAGCAUAAAAAUUGGACGUAGAGCGUGACCAACGCGUGACCAUGGUGAGAAAAGUUAAAAGCAACUGCCUUGCCUGCCUGUAACAGCUGGCUGAAUUUUCGCCUUCGAGGUCAGUUUGAAAUCAAAAUUUUAAUUGUGCGGCACAUAAACACAACAUAUUUAAUAUGAAUUUAAAAAAUAAUAAACUUAAGCCUGCGAUCACUUGAAAACUAGUAACUGAUCAGCGGAUAACUUCAAAAAAUACCUGACCUUGAUGGGUCGACACCUGAGCCCGCGAUACGGUCAAGUGAUACUGGUCAGCGGGUACCCCGUUUUGACAGCUGUCAAUUGAUCAAAACAUUGAUGUCCAAUAUGUGUGCAUCAUCAGUUUUCCUGUACUCCCAAACUAGCUAGAAAGUACGAGAUUGAACAUUGUUCGCGAUCUAGUAAAACAAUUAACUGGUCAGUGGACAGCUUCCCAAUUAAUCACGUCACCUCGAUGAGUUGACACAUGAGCCCGCGAUAUGGUCAUGUGAUACUGGUCAGUGGCUAUCCUGUUUUGACAGCUGUCAAUUGACCAUAUUGUGAAUGUCCAGGAGGGAGGGGGCGUCUCCAAGGAAAUCGAUGGUUCAGUUCUCGUGCCAGUAUGACGUCAUGUCUCGCUACGGUGACUUUUCAAAAUGGCGAGCAAAGUCGUUGUUGAUGAGGAGGAUAAAAUAAUAGAAUUUCUUACGCUUAUCUUGCUUCAUUUUCUUAGAUUUGGCGAUAUUAAGAUUCCUAUUGAAACAGAAAACCGGUACAUUGUACUUAUUUUGAAUGAAACCUUCAGAGGUGUAAUGAUUUUUUAAGAUUCCUUUCGAUCGUCGAGCUUGAAUGUCGAGCAGUCAUAUCUACCGGUCACACUUUCGAGGGCCAGUGCACAGCGAUGUUAUGGUGUCUCGACUCAGCAAUAGGAGGUUCAUCUAAGGACAUAACAGGCUUUGAGUACGUGUAAUCUCAGGUCUUCUUUGUCGAUGGUUCAUCAUAUCAAUCCCUUCAGAGUUCGUUUAGCGGCAUGGCGGAAAAGAGGUGAGUGAUAAUAUCUUUUGUUUCAAUGCAUUUCCCUGUGUAGGGAAUACUCCUGUAAUUUUCUAACUCAUUCCCGAAGGAAAACAGUUUUGUUAAAUUAUUAUUUUUGUGUAAAGCACGUCUGGAUCUAUGCAGCUUUGUGCAUAUUAUUGUUACCAAAAUUAACUAAGUGGGCUAUUCAAAAUACCUUUCCACGAGCAACUAGUAUUGUCUUGUGUCUUGGAGCCAAUGAAAUUCAUUAUUAACAGAGGCAUUUAAGGACACCCUGUUCAAGACCCUUAGUAGUGAAAUUGUUAACAGUGUUUUAAACUCAUGACCUAGGACAUCAAAACCCAUUCAGGACAAUUCAGUGGCAAAUUACCAUUAAAGCAGAAUCAGGGUCUUGCUUCAGAUUGUCAAAUUAUAAGCUUACCUAGGAUUUUUGUCUGGGAGUUAUUGAUUUAUGACUGAACUUGCUUGGCGUUGAGAACUGUUAGUCCUAAAUGCUCUGGAAGUAUGACUUCCUUAGACUGUAAUAUUGUAAGAUCUGCAUUGACAUUUUUCAAUGAUCUAUUGGGUGGAAACCAUUGAGGAAUCACAUGGCAGGCUACAAAAGGGAUUUUUUCUCUCAGUGCCACCCAGAGGCGAUGGUUCCCCUCAGUCAAAUAAGCACAGCCAGUGUGCAGGUCACAGGAAAUAAUCAGGGGGUCUUGAAAUCCCUUCUUCAAAAUGAAACACCUAACUUGCUUCCCAUUUCUCCGUACUCCCAUAAUUCUGUUGUUUUUACCAUCUGAUAAUCAUAUGUUUGGUCAAACAAAUCAGACAGGUAAGAUUUGGCACACAUCCUUUGCUGUUCAUUUUCAGUGGGCUCAUCAAGUCUUUGGAAAAAUAAAUCUUCUGAACUGUCUAACAGUCUAAAAUCACUUUCAAAUUCUUUUUCACUAUCACUAGAGGGCAAUGCGUCCUUUUGUAGGGCAGCAACCAUUUCUUUAAAUGAUUUAUUCUGUGGUGAUAGCUCAAAGGAUAGCUCUUCAGCUCUUCGUCUCUCACACUAAUUUUCAGUUGUCUUUGUGGGUCGUGUGUUGGCUUACUCCUUUUUUUUUAAUUUUUUAAUUUUUUUUGUAAUUUUUUUAAAAAUUUUCUUAUUUUUUAAAUUUUUUAACUUUUUAAUGAUGUAUUAUUUUUUGUAAUUUUUUUGUAAUUUUUUAAUCUUUUAAUUUUUUAAUUUUUGAAAUGAACACUAGUGAGCAGCACAAAGCAACGCAAGGAUCUUGUUUACUUGAUUUUAUUCCUCUGACCGGUUUCGUCUGAUCACACAGACUUCAUCAGGUAGUAUAACAAGAUAGAGCCAAGGAACUAAUUUUAUAACUAAUGAUUAAGACAAAAUCACGUGCCUGUAAGGGUGUGAACAGCAAAAAACACCCACAAAAUAUGCGUGCAGGAUAUUACUAUAAUCCUGCGUUACAAAAUUUGCAAUGUUUAAUUUUGGGGCUCACGGAUUUAAUGUUAAAUACGUGAGCCCCAAAAUUAAACUUUGCACACUUACAGGAACGUGAUUUUGUCUUAAUCAUUAGGUAUAAAGUUAUUUCCUUAGCUCUAUCUUGUUAUACUCCCUGAUGAAGUCUGUGUGAUCACACAAACAGAUAAAAGCAACAAUAAAGCACACACACUUACGAUCAAAUUAGCGAACAAUAGCGAUAUUAGCCUAGCGUUUUGUCUUUCUUGGCCUCUGUUGUUCGCCGCUCGAUGGCGUCCCACGCUAAUCUGCAGAAGCAACGCGAAGCACUCACCCGUUGCUAUGUGACGUCACACUGGCACGAGGAAUGGGUCAAUAAACGUAAUUCGAAAACAAUAGAGUCGCCCCCUCCCUCCUGUGAAUGUCCUAUAUAAAAGAUGUGGACUUGUCAAGACACGCCUGAGACACCUCUCCCUUCCUUUUGAUAAUCUCCCCUACCCCACCCGUACAAUCUAUAGACGCGUACGUACGUACGCUCGGUCAAUCACGUGACAACCAAACGAAAAGAGGUUGACCAUAUUCCAUGAGUAUGGGGCUCUGUCCCAUGCUUGCUUCGCGCGCGUGGGAGCCCCGCUAUGAAAGUAACCUGAAAUUUGGUUUCAGGCACAUGCAUCUGUCAAUUUCUGCAAAUUAACAAGUGAAAAUGGUAACCUAGUGCUAAUUCAGAUUACAAUAAUCAUAUUUUCUCUGGGCAUAAAUUUCUGCAGUAUACUUUUAACGAAAUAGACUUCUUUCAUUUUAAAUAGUUUCUACAGUAGAACUGCGGUAACUCAAACUCUGAAGGGAAACAAAACACUGUUCGAGUACAGUUUGCGGGGAAUUCGAGUUAUCGGGGUGAAUUUCAGUGGUUUUGACGGAAACUCAUCGGGCGUCUUGUUUACAAUAACCUACGAAGGCAGUAUCUAUUCGGUACCAUAAAGUCAACUCUCUAAUAGCAACCACUUUCAACAUAGCCGUAUUGUUUCUUAUUCAAAAACUCUCUCCUAAACUACCACGACUUAAAAUUCUUUAACGACCACUUUUUAAACCAGAAGUUUGAUAUAUUCUUUUGACAUCUGUUUCCCUUAAGCGACUACCAGUCAAGACCAUGUACGAUUGGUGGAAUGUCACAAAUGUUAAUUUUUUAAGCGUGCUAACAAAUUGUUACUGUUGACUUACCAAAAGUGAUGGCUGUAAUACGAUCUGUUAGAAAAAGGUGAAUUGUAACAUUGAUGCAAAAUGUUAUGUAUAAAGUUUCAGCAAUUCCAAGCGCUAUUCCAUGUGGAACAUUAUUGGCAGUUGCCUAUUUGCUUAAGUUAGAGCUUCUGAGAUAAUUACUUAAUGUUACUUUGAGUAUGAUCAUUAGGGCGAACGUAGUCCUGAGUACGACUGUUGCUGACAUAACGUUUCGACAACCUGUGCGGUAGUCAUCCUCAAAGUCAAAGAGAGUUGUGUCGCGUCAGUGAUGGUAUUAUACUCUGGUUAUUGACCUGACUGGUCAAUUAAGUCGCGAUGUUAUUGGCCGUCUGUAAGUUAAGCAGUGAUGUUACAGGCUAUGAAGACCCUUAAAUGUCAUUGGUGCGUUUCGAUCUGUCUAUUGUCACAGUCGAACAGGUGUUUAUUGUUAGUAAAACAGUCGGUUAUCAGUCAUCCUGUCGUUGCUAGUUUUGCUUGAGUUCGUCAAUAAGUCUUUUGUCCGGUGCCGGUAACUGUUGACUACGAUUCUGUGGCGUCCGUUGUAAGUUAGAAAACCAGCUUUCUAAAGUGAGUCGUUGCUAGUAAUCUGUAGAAUACGUUAUGCAUGUCACAGUGUCCCGAUCGAUUUGAUGUUUUGUCUGUAAAUGGUGUUCAGUCACUCGCGAGCCAAGGUUUCUGCGCGCUGGUCUCAGCGAUGUAAGUGGCCUGGUAGUCGCAGCAUUUGAUCUUGUAUACUGUUCCCUGUCUGUCCUCCGGUAUGUCUUUGUCCUUGACAUUGAUAAGCAGUCGUCGUAAAGUGGUUAUAGGUUUGUGUGCAACAAGUAUAUCGUAAGGCUGUACGAUACAUGCGAUAGAUUCAGAGGUGCCUGUGAUGUAAGGUAUAGUCGCUGUCGUAAAAGGGUUAGAGAACAAGUGUAACGAUCCCCAUAGAGAAAUGCAAUAAGUGGUACUGGGUAAAAUAGCUUUGAAAAAGAUGGAAUCCAGGGUUGAUCGGUAGUCUUCGUCUGUUUAAGCUUGAUAAUCUUAGCAUUGAGGGUGCAGUGAAUUUGGUUAAUGUGAGGAGACCAGUUAAGUUUCUUAUCUACUGAGACCCCAAACAGGAUGAUCUAGAUGCACAUUAUUAGUUUGGACUAAUAAGUGAUUGGUCUUAAUUGGUCUUAAUGGACCAAUAAACGGAGUCUUGGACAUAAACAUAACUACUCUCUUUGUAGAAUGAAGAAACAUUGAGUUGGCUUUAGUUCAAAAUAAUGUAGUUCAUCUAGAAGCUUCAGGAUUUGGACGUGAAUAGAGUCGAUUGAGUUGCCAAUAUAAUUCGCUGUAGAAUCAUUAGCAAACAUUUCUAUGUUGGAAUUUUCCUUGAGUUUCGGAGUGUUCUUACCUUUUUCUUUGACCGCGUCGACGUUUUUCUUAGAGUUUUCAGAAUCCUUGAAGUCGUUUCUCAAAAGUUCUUGUUGCUUCUUUAAGACUUCGCUUUAACGGGCCUGAUUAAUCGCUUUUUAGUCAGAGAUAAUUCAGGGUCUCGCUGCAGUUUCUGCGAUAAUUUUGAGUCUUGAGGCCUACCAAAAUUCGAUCUUAGAUCAUCUUGAUCUUUGCUCGCUGGAAAAAAACAUUUCGCCGAAUCAAAAUGUCCACAUCAAAUUUCGUUUUAACGGUGUGAUAUUGUUUCAUCUGCGAACUGAAGAGUUUGUAGGAGGUCAAAAUAUUGUCUUCUUGAUCUCCCAAAGCGUAGAUCAUGGUGUUUAUUUGGUUCCCUUCUUCCUGUCUCGCCAGACAAGACGAAUGGUGGAAACGUUCAAACGUUCGGCUUCAUUUCGGUCAAUCUUCUUGAAGACUGAAAUCAAAGUUCGGUAGCUGGACUCGAAAAGAUGUCAUGGUUCGGAGUACCAACCUCUCGACAAAAUGCAACAUUAUUUAGAGGCGAAACAGGCGAGAAUAAGACAACAGCUUUAAUCGAGCAAGAACAAAUGCAUCGACCACACAGGAAGCUAUUCCGCCCACUGAGACGGAUGGGAACAUAUAAGCGAUUACAUCACAACGACCACCUCCUGUAAGCAACCACUUUGUGUUGCACUAGGGGCGGUCGCUUGCGAGAGAGUUGACUGAAUUAGGUUUCCCACAGAUAACAUAAAAAGAGCACGGCUGACGUAGUUUAAACUGUCACCUCACUCACUCCAUCGAGGGCUAAUUUUUAUUAACUUUUUUAAUCAUUUAUUUUAUUUUUACGUUUGUAGUAGCCACGAAUGUUGUGAUCAACAUCGAAAACAUCACCCUACAAGGAAGAGUAAUCAACAUUCGUGAUCUUGCUGACUCCUGUCGAAUUUAUCAAGCAGACGGUAGGUCAGGUGAAAUAAGAAUCAUACUCAUAACUCAAGAAGAGCAAGAGCAGGCAGAAGGAGUGGAAGGCACAGUCUCUGGGCAAAGUCAAGUAUAUCAGCGAUAUGUUCCAACAGAAAAUUAUCUUUGGGAUGUUGUUCUGUCAGUUAGAAAUCGCCUUUGUGCAUUUUAUAACCACUUGCAAUAUGGACUGAGAGUUUUAGUGCGAGGCUACCAUCUGGGAAGUUUGACGAUAACUGUUGAGUGCAGCUCACUGCAAACUCUUGAAGGACUUUGGAACGAUUAUACAAACGGUCAUCUUGAAGAAGUGGCUCAAGAAGCUUUGGUGACAAGUGACGUCUUAAAAACCCUUGGCAUCGCUGGAAUGAAGCUGAAAACUUUCAUUUCUGAGGAGGAAUACGAGAAAGGAAAAAAAGAAUUUGUGGAGAAUUUGGGGCAGCCUGACACUGGUAAUACCUAAUUUGCAUAUUGUAUAAUUUGGUCUUUUUUUCUCUGUAGUCUUAAAAAAGAUAUAUAUUUUUGAAGUGGGUCUAUUUAACGCUUUCUGGUAGGAAUUUCCACCAUGAAUUUCAAGGAACGUUCCAUGCGGCGUAUGGAUAUUGUCUGAAAGGAUUAUAUCUAUUCUUGGAGAACCAAAGCAAAAGAUCGUGGAGAAUAAUCAGUAAGAACCUCUUGAAACUUCCAAAACUCCAAACUAGUGCCACCCCCUUUAACUGCCUGAAGAGAUCUUUGUAUGUGUAUGUGUGUUUGUACUGUUUGUUAACAUACGGCAGGUCGUGGUGCUACGUUUGGCCUUAGCGUUGUUAGUUCUAUCUCUGGCGUUAACUUUGACUGAUCAAUGGAUUAACAGUUUCUCUGAAGGAUAGUCAGUAGCUGAUGUAGAUGUCGUUUUCUGGCUAUCAAUGAUCCUUAACGCAUGACUGUAAAUAUAUUUGUCAUUGCUCAUCAAUUCUCAUUUUAGAACGAAGUUUUCAUCUUUUUAUGGCAUCUGUGGAAAGUGUAGCUCCAACUUGGCCUUCCUCAAGGGAGACUACAAACUAUACAAGAUUGUGCCGCCUGCUAGUGGGUGCUGGUUCUCAGGUCCUAAGGGAGACAUUUGACAGAAUUCAUCCACCACGAGGCCUAGACACAGUGCUGGCAACAACACCAGCACAUCUUAAGCUGCAAUCACUUCAAAAGAAGAAAGUCUUGAAUCCUUUACAAUGGGAUAAACUAUAUCCUGUCAUCAAAACUUCAGUUUCGUCAAAGAACUUUGACAUCACUCUGCUGAUGGUACUGCUCCAAAAUAUUUGUGGCCUGACUCCUCCGGCCACUGGAUGGGAUAAUCUCCCAUUGCCUACAGAUUUGUCUUGUGAGGCUGACAUCGCUCGCAUCAAAUACUACAGAAAUACAGUGUAUGCUCACGUCACUCAAGCGUCGGUUGACGAUGGGACAUUUGAUUAUCACUGGAAGAACAUCCGCGACACGUUGGUAAGACUGGGAGGGGCGCCUUAUGAGGCCGCUGUCGAUGAUCUCAAGUAUGACUCCUGGGACCCUGACAUGGAAGAACACUACAAAGGGCUUCUGAGGAAUUGGAAGAUGGACGAAGACAGCAUAAAGGACAAGUUGGAUGAUGUUGAAGUCAAACUAGAUGAACUUCAAGCAUCAGUGAAUAAAAGUGAGAGACAAUUGUGGCCGACUUCCGGUAAGUAG